CGAAUAGAAUAGACCGAUCAAGGUAUAAUGUUGAAUAAGGGGAUGUACUUGUUUUCUUUUGCCAGGGAACUUAAAAAGAGAAGGCUGUCAAGAUGCCUGAGACUGGCGGCGCAUUAGUUGUUCCCAAGAAGGGYCUGACACUYGAUGACCUCAUYGCGGCCAUCGACCGACAUGAAAGGAACCCGAGCAACAUCCCAAAGGUCGAUACUUUCCAUUUYUGUGGRGAGDGAGUCUCAGAAUGGCUAGAGCGGGUGGAACAAGCUUUGGUCGGGCGRCCGGAUGUUGUAAAGUUUCAACGCAUCCUUCAGUAUGUCCUCCACAGCUACCAUCAGGAGGUGAAGAAAGUCAUAGAUGCGGCUCAAGGUAGCUGGGAGAGGUUCAAGGAUGGGAUGCAGAGGAAAUACCGCCAGGGAGACGGGUUGUUGACUACCACGGACCUUGAAGCGAUGAACAAAGAGGAUUUUACGACUAUAGGGGCCUUUGUUCAAGAAUUUAAGAAGAGGGCGCGGAAGGUCCAUGGGAUUUCGGAGGAAGCACAGUGCGCCAUCUUCCUUGGGCUACUCACAGCAUUAGAGGCUGUCGAGUUGACAAGACAUGGAGGAGGUAGCACUAAGCUCACCUGGGCCACCAUUGACAGAGGGGUAGAAGUUGGGUGCUUGGACCAGGUGAAACAACGUCAGGUACGCCUACAAAGGCAGAAGAGAAAGGAAAGAGAUGCGACCUCUUCUGGGACCUCGGGAGUAACAAGGAUUGUUACAGAAGUAUUGGCACAGCUAGGGUAUGCGACAGAGCCAGUGGUGCAAAGAAGGGUGGUGACGACUGUCAAAGUAAAAGGAAAAGAGCCGGUGAUAGAGGAGGCUGGCCAGGAGGAGCUCUGGAAGAGGAAGAGCCGUUCACAGGGCAGUGUUGUAGGGGGUGGGAACCAGGGGCAGGGCAAUCAAGGCAAUGAAGGGAGGGGUAGAGGAAAGGGGCGAGGCAGGAACGGCGGCGGAAGAGGAAGGCAAUGGAAUGGCCAAGGCCAGGGGUACCAAGGCCAAGGGAGCCAAGGCGAGGGGUACCAAGGCCAAGGGAGUCAAGGCCAAGGGAGUCAAGGCCAGGGGUACCAAGGCCAAGGGAGUCAGGGCCAGGGGUACCAAGGUCAGGGCUAUCAAGGCAAGGGGUAUCAAGGCCAGGGGGAUCAGGGAAGUCAGGGGUAUGGAAGACCCCGCUUUGAUUGGAGGACGGCCAUCUGUCAACAUUGUGACCAGCAAGGCCACACUAUAAGCUUCUGUAAUAUAAGGCGGGAAGACGAGAGAAGCGGGCUGAUUUCCUCUACUAAGGAUGGGGAUAUCUACGAUCAAUUUGGGGAGACCAUUGACAGAAGGCUUGGAGGACUGAGAGUUGAAGCCCAACGAAGAGCGGCAGCGGGACCACCGCCCCCUGCCAUGUUCAGGCUAUGGCAGGAAAAGGAGGAACCACCGUUUGGGGUGGAAGAAGUGGGAAGUGAUGAGGAAGUGACUCAAGGGCUACGAGGAGGAAGUGAGACGAAAGAGGCCAUGAUCAUCGAGUCAGAUGACGAGGAGAAGGAGGAAAGAACGGAGCCUCCGUCCUUCUUAUUUGAGAAGAUGAAAGACUUGCUGGAUAAGAUGGGGAGGUACCAACAGAAGUUGGUGGGUCUCUGUAAAGAAGUGAAAGGAUGGAGGUCUAACAUCCCCACAGUAUUCCUCUAUGACUCUGGCCCGGAGUCAGCGCCUGGGCGACCCAGAGUAAAUGUGGUGAUUGACCGGCUGCUGGAAGGGCAUAAUGACCUCAUGACCCUGAAGGAAAUCCUAGCGUCAGCCCCGCGACUGCUCGAUGAACUAAAGGGGAGGUUAUCACGGCGCCUGGUACCCAAUGUCCACCUGGGUACGAUCCUGCCCAAGGAGGCAGAGUGGGCAGAGUCAGGUAUGAAGAUGGACUGGAAGUGCGUAGCCUGUGGUACGGUGGAUUUAAUGGUGAAGGGUUCCAAGUGCGCAGCAAUGGUGGACACCGGGGCAGAGAUGAACAUUAUUCGGGAGGCGGACGCGAUCAGAUUCGGGAUGGAUAUAGACCGUUCUGACUGCGGUAUUCUGCAUGGAGCCAGUUGUAAGGCCAUGUUUUGUGGGACAGCCUCGAAUGUGCUCGUCGAGGUUGGAAAGGUGAAGGUCAGGGCAUGCUUCUUCAUAAUGCCAGACGUGGGCCAUGGAAUCUUCCUGGGGAGGUCAUUCCUAAGCAGGACAGAGACCGUGAUGUUCAACAAACAUGACGGGACGUUGAUCCUCCUCUUAUGCGAUCCGCGUGAAAUAAUUACUUGCAGGAACACCGGGCCAAGAAGUAUAAGGAACCGGCCCAAUCCAGGAUCAUUCACAAUCGAGGAGUCGGAAGGGGAGCGCAGGAGGCUAUGGGCAGAGCCCGAAGCAGGAGAGGGGGUGGAAACAUUUUUCCUCAGCCUGUCAGAUGUUGGGAAGGCCAUGGACCUGGUGGACGCGCAUGAGAUGGUAGAUCCGGAUGCCAUCCAGGCCUUGAGGGAACAAGUUCUGGAAUGCCCUGAGGCAGGAAGGUUGGAACUGGUAUAUCGGCUCUCAGGCAGUGGAGGGAACCCGGCAUCAGCGCAAACACAAUCUGUGAGUCGGCCUUUUUUAGGGGACGGCUCAAGCAGGGUUCCCAAAGGCGACCUUUACUUAGGAUACGAUCAGUUCCCAGUCUACCCGCCGGAUAGGCCGGUGACAGCUAUGCACACACUGCGAGGAUUAGUCCACAUGAAUGUGGCCCCACAAGGGUGGACCAACGCAGUAGCAAUGGUCCAACGAGCCAUGAUUCGGGCCAUGCAGUCAGUCAUUCUCCAUAUCACACAGCCAUACAUUGAUGAUUUGGCAGUGAAGGGGCCGGCGACGAAAGAGAGCGACGAAGUCUCACCAGGGGUAAGGCGCUUUGUCUGGAAGCACAUUCAGGACCUCGAAAAGGUCCUGAGCCUGCUCGAAGAGCAUAACCUCACGGCAAGUGGGGCCAAAUCCAGACACUGCAUGAGGGAAGCGACUAUCUUGGAGAUAGUCUGCAAUGAGGAGGGCCGAAGACCGGAUGUGAAGAAGACGAACAAGAUUACUGAGUGGCCAGUUCCGUUCCACUCAAUAACUUAUGUCAGGAGCUUCCUUGGUACGUGUGGAUUUUGGAGGGCCUUCGUCAAGAACUUUGCCGCUAAGACUGAACACCUGAGGAAGUUAGUCCGUCAGGAUCAGGAAUGGGUAUGGGGUAAGGAACAAGAAGAGGUGGUAGCAAAAAUGAAGGAGGAAUUUCGAGAAGGAGGGUUGGUGUUAGGAGCGCCAGAUUAUGACGCCACAGAGACCCGACCCUUCAUUGUCGAGACGGAUGCGGGACCGACUGCCUUAGAAGGAGUUCUAAUUCAGGCAGGCAUGGAAGGGAAGGAAAGACCCUUGCGAUUUGAGAGUCGGACUCUCUGUACGACGGAGAGGAACUACCCUCAGUUCAAGAGGGAGACCCUUGCUGUCCUCCAUUGUCUGCGAAUCUUCCGGAAUUAUAUCUUUGGCAGGAGGUUUAUUUUGAGAGUGGAUCCGACCGCCCUGGCCUACUCUCUAAGGAAUUACGUUCCAUCGGAUCCGACGAUUGCCAGAUGGCUAACGUACAUCUGGAUGUUCAAUUUCGAAUUGGAACGGAUUCCUGGUGGUAAGAACCGAGCGGACGGGCUGAGUCGGAUCAACUGGGAUAAGCAGGAAGGGGAGGCGGAGGAGAAUACRCCCCCAGUUGAUGGAUUUCUGGAUCAGGAAGAAGAUGUUCGUCUUCAUAUCAACAAAUGGUCGCCGCGAGUGCCUAGCUGUGUAGGCUAUCCUAUUUGGCAAGCGCCGAAGGGGUAUGAAAGGAGGAAUGAGUUAGUUCUUAAGCCCUUUGAAGAAGAGGAUCCCAGCGGCGGGAAUGUGGACAAAAUACCCGAGAGCAAGGACGACGAAUUCGAAGAAGGGGAAAUUAACGAGGCUUUUCGUGCAGAGGAGUACGAUGGGAUCUACCUAGAGCUGGGGCUUCUUUUGUCAUGUGAAAUGCGGCUAAGAGAUGCGAGCGAUAGGGCUCAAAGGAUGCUGCAACGCUACUUAGUGCGAGACAGUCACCUUUUCGUGAGAAGGGAAGUGGGGAAUCCCAGGAGGGUCGUCUGCGGUAGAAAUCGUCAGAUCGACGUCGUAGCAGCACUACACGAUGACAUUGCAGGAGGGCAUCGAGGGGUACAAGCCACGUAUGCCAAGAUAAGUGAGUUGUACAACUGGGAUGGAAUGAUGGACAUGGUCGGAAAGUUCUGUCGAUCUUGCGUACCCUGCCAGGAGAGAUCCCGUUUAAGGCAGGGAGAGCCGCUGCAUCCAAGGAUAGAACGAGAGGUAGGGGCCGUAGUGCAUCUCGAUCUGCUUUUUAUGCCACUUGGGGAUCAGGGCUAUAACUAUAUCUUCGAUGUGCGCGAUAACCUGUCUGGGUUCAUAGACGGGCGUGCUAUUCGCACAAAGACCGGGUCAGUCCUGGUGAGCUGCAUCGAGGAGUACUACCUCCGUUAUCCUUUCGCCAGGGAAUUCGUAAUGGAAAGGGGAUCAGAGUUUACCUGCCAGGAGGUGCAAGAACUGUUAGCAAGAUAUGGUGUGGCAGCCAACUACACCACGACCGCGCACCCCCAGGCAAAUGCUCCCGUAGAGAGAGGACAYAGUACYAUUACGAACCUCCUGGCCAAAUGGAYCGAAGGUARGCCUAAUCAAUGGCCAAGAUACCUAAGGGCGGCUUUCUUUGUCGAGAACAUUACAGUAAAGAGAUCCACCAAGUACGCACCUGCGACGCUGUGGUACGGAAGGCAUGCCACCUUCCCUAUCGAAAGCUUUCUUAAGACGUGGAGGCGCCGGGAUCUGGAAGUCAACCUGUCAUUUGAAGAGUUGCUCGAUAUUCGGGCGCGGCAGGUCAGGGCGAUAGAAGAAAGGAUCCAGGAGGCAUCUGAUCAGGUGGCGAGAAGCCAUAUGGAUGAUAAGGCCCGAUGGGAUCAGUCUGCGCGAGUGAGGAAAGUACCCUUGGCAGUCGGAGAUGUCGUGCUUCUCUACGAUACAUCGCUGGAGAAGCAGUGGUCUAGGAAGCUGGAUAAGAGAUGGUUAGGUCCCUACCGAAUUGCACGGGUUGGAGACUUCGGAGCGUACCAGAUCGAGGAGUUAAAUGAGACUGAGUGGAAGGAUUGGGUAUUUGGAACGCGACUGAAGAAAUUCGUGCCGGGAGAAGAGAGGAGGGAAGGGGACGCGGCCGCCUCAGGAGGAUAUGAGCGGCAUGGGCCUCGCCAACGAGAGAGUACUCCAGUCUACAAUGAUGGGGACAUCGAGCUAUUCCUGGACAGUUUCUGGAAGCAUGCGAGGCGUAUGGGCUGGACAGUCACUCAGGCGAUUGAGAGAUUGAGGGGAGCAGGUAGGUUCGAAGAACCCAUUACCAGGAUUCGUAGGGAGGCGACGACGAGGCAGGAGGUGGAGAUAAGGAUGGAGGAGUUGCGACCCUCGCCUGUGGGACCUGAUGGCAGGCCGAUCCGCCUGAAGAUUGGAAAUGCGUCGGGCUUCAUCCCCGCGUUUGAGUGGUUCAUGCAAGAGCAAGGCAUACAGAGAGAUGAUUGGAUGCAGACACUACCACUCUGGACCAGGAAGACGGAAAGGCCACUGGCUAUGCAGAUCAGGGACAUGGCACGAGAUUGGGAAAGCUGCAGGGCACAUUUGAGAGCCUUUCGACGACCAGAGCUCCCUCAGCCCAGAGUCGAGAGGCGGCAGAGGAGUCAGAGGCCGAGGGACCCUAAGCCCAGGGAGGCGAGACCAUCUCGAGGAGGACGGAAGGCCUUAGCCAGGAGAGAGCAGGAGCCAGAGGAUGAGGAGCGAGGGGCAUACCCUGAGUGUGGGUUGGGGCCAGUGGAGUUCCAUCGUUUUACUGAGGGUGGAUUGAGGAAGUCGCCAGCACACACACAGGGGGAGCCACCAGCGUCAGAGGGGCCCUUGAGGGAAUUGGAGAUGCAUUUAGAUAUUUCUCGGUGGAGGGCGUUGCUUCAGGGUGAGGGGCAUGGAGAGCAGGCAAAGGAGGUACCACGAGAGGAGGUGCCACAAGAAGAGGUUCAGGGUACUCAGCGAGAGAGGGGGCUGGGCGAUGAGGGGAGACAUGCAGGGAAGGAAGUGAUAGAGGUUGGAGAAGACACACCCCCACAGACGCAAGCAGUGGGUUUGAGACUUGGGGGUGCACCAGGGAGCACCCGGCAGGCAAAGGAGGGGUUGCAGAGAGAGGAGACCCCUUUACCUUCGUCAGAAAAGGCUCCUUCGCCAGAAGGGAGGGCAGAAAGGAGGAGAGAGAGGGCAGUUGUAAGGAGAGAAACUUUGAUCCUGAUUGAUAGGCACCUAGCAGCUCAUGCCCUGGAGCACCCAGACCUGGAGGAGCCAGCACCUGCAGAGCCACGCCAGGAGUUAUGCCAGCCUGAGAAGGAGAUGGAAGCAGAAAUCCCAAAGAGGGUCGACCUCCGCACGAGGGAAAGGGUGUCAGCUGGAGAGACGGCCGAAGAAAAGAGGGCAAGACGAACCAGGCGGAUAGAUAAGAUAUGGCAGGAGAGGCAGAGGUUGGAGGCAGCUGGAGAGCUCCCAGAGCAGCAGCAGGAGAGGCAGAGAUCGGAGGCAGCAGGAGCACUCCCGGGUCAGCCGCCCAGCGCGCCAGCCAAGGCCCCGAAAACUCCUGAAAUGUGGAGAGACUUCUGGGAGCAGAGAGGAGAGGAACUUUCAUCGCCAGUCAUAGCCGGGUUUGGGGUGGCCAGGAAGGCAGAAGAAAGGUUAGAUCGUAAAAUCAAGUUCCUGGCCAAGACCACUUUUGACCGGCACUUGUUAUUAGAGGGCGAUCUUGCGGGGAAGAAAAUGAAGGAAGCCAGCCAUGGAGUACGUCUGGAGGCUAUGGAGGUGGAAAUUCAAGAAUUUAGGGCUUUGGUGGCCAGCCAGGCAGCUAUCAUUGAGAGCCUGAGGCAGCAAACCCAGGAAAAGGUGGACAGACCAGAGAGCAGCCGGCAGGGAAAGCAGAGGCAGCCAGGACAGGGAUUGCCAAGACAGCCAUCCGCAACAGAGCCUCGCCAGGAGCCGCCUAUGGGGAGAGUUAUCCUGGAGCCAGAGGAGGCGAGAGCCCAGAGACAGGCGGAGAAAGAGGCGUUCGAGUUUAGAGCCCCUACUGAGCUUGCGACGCUGCCGGUGGCGACGGCAGGACCGAUCGUACCUUUGGCAGUAGAGGAGGGGCUGCCACCAUCUAGCAGUGAGCCGGCUCAAGGCUCGGCAGAGGGAUCCAUGGGCGUGCUCCUUGAGGCGGUGCAUACUAUGCAGGAGGAGGUGAGUUUGUUUUCACCUGAGCAGAGGAUAGAGGAGUCUCUUGAGAGAGAGAUGGGGAUUGAGGAGGAGGGUGCCAUCAAGGGCAGACUCCAGAGGAUAGGCACACCUGAGUAUGGACGAGAGGAGAUUGAGGAGCAGCCCACGACAGUGCCAGGGGCGACACUCGAGCAGGGCAGCAGGAGGUCGCUAGUACCGCAGCUCCUCAAGCAGGGCAGCAGGGGGUUGUCAGUACCUUCGUGGGAUCUCCUUCAUCGCCACCUCCUCAGCCAAGGAAGAGGAAGUUCAAGAGAAAGGUAGAUUAACUAUGUUUUUACUGCAAAAGGGACGUGCAUCUGGCUUUGGACUG